GGCGCGGCUGAUGCGGAACGGCCGCUCUCCCUCCCUGCCGCCGACACUCCGCGCGUCCUCCCGCCGCCUCCGCCGGCACCGGAGCGCUCCGGGCCCGCCAUGGAGCCCAACGCGCCGAAGCGGAAGGAGCCGCGCAAGUCGCUGCGGGUUAAAGUCAUCUCCAUGGGCAACGCGGAGGUGGGCAAGAGCUGCAUCAUAAAGAGGUACUGCGAGAAGAGGUUCGUGUCCAAGUACCUGGCGACCAUCGGGAUCGACUACGGAGUCACCAAGGUGCAGAUCAGGGACCGGGAGAUCAAGGUGAACAUCUUUGACAUGGCGGGACAUCCCUUCUUCUACGAGGUACGGCCCCCACUUCCCACCUGGGAGCCCUUGGAAUCCCUCAGCAUUCCCAAAAUCCGCCUUGGGUCGGGCUUGGGGCCGAGAAAACUUGGGAAUUUAUUUCGCCGCGGCGGCCUGGAAUUCUGGAAUGGGUUGG